AAAUGGCCAUUAAGAAGUAGAUGUCCAGAUGCAAAGGGGAUGAAACAGUCCAUUUGUCAUAAAAUAAGAUGCAGCUGUGGCUUUUCAACCAGAUUAGAACAAAAUUAUAUCUGUUUUUCUCAGAAGAGAAUUCCACAAGGUUAACUCGGCAAAUAAAGAAAACAUGGUACUUUGAAAUAUGAUUAAACUCCUGAUGCAGCAGCAGAGGCUAAGAAUAUUAAUGGCUAUAUGUAGGUUUGAGACACUGCUGGACAGUGCUCUGCGUCGCAGGCUCGCGACAACCAAUGCUCACAUGGUCUUCUGAAGAAGCCAUGGGUAGCUGUUGUAGCUGUCCAGGUAAAGACACUGUCCCAGAUAACCAUCGGAGCAAGUUUAAGGUCAUUAAUGUGGAUGAUGAUGGGAAUGAGUUAGGUUCUGGCAUAAUGGAGCUUACCGACACAGAACUGAUUUUAUAUACUCGAAAACGUGACUCAGUAAAAUGGCACUACCUCUGCCUGCGGCGCUAUGGCUAUGACUCAAACCUCUUCUCUUUUGAAAGUGGUCGAAGGUGUCAAACUGGGCAAGGAAUCUUUGCCUUUAAGUGUGCCCGUGCAGAAGAAUUAUUUAACAUGUUGCAAGAGAUUAUGCAAAACAAUAGUAUAAAUGUAGUGGAAGAGCCAGUGGUAGAAAGAAACAAUCAUCAGACAGAAUUAGAGGUUCCCAGAACACCUCGAACACCUACAACUCCAGGGUUUGUUGCUCAGAGCUUACCUAAUGGAUAUCCUCGAUAUCCCUCAUUUGGAGAUGCUUCAUCUCAUCCUUCAAGCAGACAUCCUUCCGUGGGAAGUGCUCGCUUACCUUCAGUUGGUGAAGAAUCUACACAUCCUUUGCUUGUUGCUGAGGAACAAAUACAUACCUAUGUCAACACUACAGGAGUACAAGAAGAGCGGAAAAACCAUGCAGGUGCGCAUGUCCUAUUGGAGGCAAGGGUUUCAAAUGCUGAGAGCAACACACCAAAAGAAGAACCCAGUAGUGUUGAAGACAGAGACCCUCAGAUUCUUCUUGAACCCGAAGGAGUCAAAUUUGUUUUAGGACCAACUCCUGUUCAGAAGCAGUUAAUGGAAAAAGAGAAACUGGAGCAACUUGGAAGAGACCAAGUUAGUGGAAGUGGUGCAAAUAACACAGAAUGGGACACUGGCUAUGACAGUGAUGAACGCAGAGAUGCGCCUCCAGUUAACAAGCUGGUAUAUGAAAAUAUAAAUGGGCUGUCUAUCCCUAGUGCCUCAGGGAUCAGGAGAGGUCGACUGACAUCCACUAGUACCUCAGAUACCCAGAAUAUCAACAACUCAGCUCAGAGAAGAACUGCAUUAUUAAACUAUGAAAAUUUACCAUCUUUGCCUCCUGUUUGGGAAGCCCGCAAGCUAAGUAGGGAUGAAGAUGACAAUUUAGGACCAAAGACUCCAUCUCUAAAUGGCUACCAUAAUAAUCUAGAUCCAAUGCACAACUAUGUAAAUACAGAGAAUGUAACAGUGCCAGCAAGUGCUCACAAAAUAGAAUAUUCGAGGCGUCGGGACUGUACACCAACAGUCUUUAACUUUGAUAUCAGACGCCCGAGUUUAGAACACAGGCAACUCAAUUAUAUACAGGUUGACUUGGAAGGUGGCAGUGACUCUGACAAUCCUCAGACUCCAAAGACGCCUACCACUCCCCUGCCACAAACCCCUACAAGGCGCACAGAGCUGUAUGCUGUAAUAGACAUCGAGAGAACUGCUGCUAUGUCAAAUUUGCAGAAAGCACUGCCACGAGAUGAUGGUACAUCUAGGAAAACUAGACAUAAUAGUACUGAUCUGCCCAUGUGAACCUGGAAAAUAUUAUGUUGUUUGCACCUUUGUGAAGUUUUUAAAAAUGAAGAUGCAAAUGCUUCAUUUUCAUUUCUACACUAACUCCUUUUAUAGACUGAUAAAUUUUUUUCUGACUAUUUCAUGUGCAUCUUUAACUAAAGGGAAUUACUGUAGAGCAGGUACUCCUUAACACUAAUUUCGUUAUAUACUAUUCAUUGUUGUACAGCAGCAUUCCCAUUUUCACAGUGCCUAUUUAAAAUGAGAGUUGAAGUGAAUGAUGCUGGUUGAUUUUUAUUCAAUAUUUUGGAUUUAUGCAUAUCUUUCAUUUCUAAGUCAUGGUUGGCAUUUAAAACUUCUUACAAAGCCUCUUGGUAAUGUGCAUUGCUAACAGGUAACUCUAGGCUUUGAAAGUAAAUUUGUAGAUCAGUGUUCACAGAAUGUGGCCUCUGGCAUGUAACACGAAGAAUCCUUUAUUUCAUUGAGUAAAGGCUUUUGAUUUGAGCCAAAAUGUCUAAAGGAAAUGAAAGUACCACACCUCAUUGUAUACCAGUCAGCUCUUUUGCCUUCAGUGUUACUAGAAAGAAUCCUAUGUCGUGAAUAUAGUUUGCUGUUGUGUUGAAAGGUAGGCAGGAGACAAGAUUUUCUGUUUACUCAUCUCAUGAUGUCGUUUGAAGGACAUGUCCAGAUGUCUCACUCUGAAUUACACUAGGCUUAAGAAUCAGUCUCAGGUCACUUUACCAAGAAACAUUUGAAAAUCUGAACCAAGAUCUCUUGAAGUUUCUAUCCUAUAGAUUAUUGAUGAGGCAUUGUUUUCUGGAGGCAUCUUUGCUGUUAGGUUCCCAUUUACCUUUGGUUUUUAUUUUGGUGUUUGGGAUAACUUACUGUGUUGCUUAAUAUCUUUUUCAAUUUAAAAUGUUUGAGUUUGUAUAUAGUUUUGAAAUUGGAUUAUGUGUUCACUGUUAGUUUUGCAUUUUUGUCAAAUUAUGGUUUUGAAAGUUCAUUUGGAACUUGCUGUUAUUCUGUAACAGGGUUGCCCUUGUCCAGUAUUUAUUUAUAUGCUGUUUACUUUUCAAGUUGAUAAAAGCAUUCUUUUGAUUUUAAAUUUCACUUGUGUCCAUAGAUGAUCUCUUUAGCAGUUGAGGGAAAAAAAAGGAAGGUCCUUUUAACAUGCAGAGUUCUCCAGAGAUACUGCAUAUUCUCUGUGGGCACUCUCCCCAGCACUUUAGCAGGGAUUUUCUUCAGCUACAUGGCUACAGUUGUACUCGCUCCACUCUAGUAUUCCUCAGCUCUGCUGUCCUUUCACUUGUAGCUGGAUCUCUGAUUAUCCCUUAAUUUCAGUGGUAUGUUAAUAUUGUUGCCAGCAUAGCAGGUACAGUGGAAGUCUUGUAGUAAUGAGAUUGUGUCAUAAUUUAGGAUUUAAAGUGAACUGAAGUUUCUAUAAAUUGAUGAGUCCAGAUAUCAAAACUUUCAGAAAAUCAAGAAUAUUCCAAAUUCCCAAACAGUAGAGAAUACAAGAAGAGUGAAAAGAAGGUGAAGUAACUUUGUAAAAUAGUGCUGUUUCUCUAAAUAUAAGGAAGUUGGAAGUUAUGAUCUGGAUCUGUCAAAUGUUUCUAAGUCUAAUUUAGCAUGGAAAAGUUUCGGUCUUACAACAUCUAGGUUAGUCAGUAAAUAACCUAUUUAUAGGACAAUGAAUGCAUUAGCAGAGCAAUAGAGUGGGACCAUUAAAAAACUAAUUACAGGUGUCUUUAUCAUUUUCAGUGCCAUUGGUUUAUUAGCAUAGCAAAAUUUUCUGCUUUUCCUUUUCCCCACCCUGUGAACUUGGUGCUUACUAAACUGCUCACUGUUCUCUUUUCUUUUAAAUAGUUUGCUAAUUGUGCCAAAUUUAUGUAGUGAUUAUUGUAAUGUGGAAUAGGAAUUGUGAUGCAGUGAUUUUCAUUGAAACAAGCAGUCACAGCAGAACACUAAUCUCCAAAUGAAAGGGCUGAUACAUUUAUUCAUUUUGGAGGUUGGAUAUUUUAUUCUUUUUUCCCCUCCUUUUUACUUCCAGAUUCUAAUUAGUUUUUAUAUUUUUUAGGUAAUUCUAAUAUAAUCAUUAAGUUUUAUGCUUUAAAUACUGUGUGCUUUAAGAAUGAAAAUGGGACCAAUUUGUCUGCUAAGAAUUUGAUUUUAGGGUACUAUAAGAAUAUUAGGAAGAGAUAUUCAACUGGUGUUUAUUCUAGUUUUCUGGGUGUCAUCUCUAUUCCUAUUUUAAAAAAAUAAUUUAGAAUACUACUUGCCCUUUGCAGUAGUCUUGUAAUGGGCAUUAAGCUGUCUUGGAAGAGUGUACCUAUUGCUAGGUACAUUUUAGAAUGAGAUAUUGUAUUGGCAUAUAAUUAUGGCCAAUAUGUCUCAGAUUUUCUGAGAUGAACCUAAUUUUAGGUACCCGUUUUUGUUGAUAGACCACGUGAUCCCAUUAUGUGCCCCACCCCUAUAGAAGCCUCUUCAUCCAUAUAGAUCAUAACAGCCAUGUAUCCAGAUCAGGGUUUGAAGCUGAUAUGGGUAUUACCUGUGUUUUUCUUAGUGUGUUUCAUUUCCCAGUUUCAUCUUUUUAAAAAAAUGAAAAUAUGGUGCCUUCCCUCCCUCCAGAAGAUUGGCAAAUAGUUCCUUUUAUUUACUGCUGCUGUGGAGUGAUGAGAUAUGCACUUUACUCUUGAAGACUCAGUAAAAAAGCUUUUCAUUCCCAGUAUAUCCACAAUAGAUCACAUUUAGGACUUAAGAAAAUUUGCCAAGCAAUCUUUGUUUUUAUAAAUAUUAAUGUUGACCUUCAGUUCAGUGUUGUAAAAAUAAGUCAAACUGGUGUUUAUCCUCCCCCCAUCUGUGGCACAGCAUAUAAAAAUGUACCUCAAUAAUGUUCUAUUAAAAAUGGGACAGGGGCCUUAUGUUUUCAUAAUUUCCCAACAAUGUGCCACCCUGUACUUGCCUCAAGGGAAAAGUUUUAGCUAGCUAAAAAAUAUUUCCCAAAUCCCCAGUGGUGUUCCUAACCCAUAAUGCCCAAGUGUUCUGUGUGAUGUGUAGUAUGUGUGUAUACAUAUAUAUAUUCUUGAAAUAGACCUACCAUCAGAAGUAACUGAUAUAUUGGCAUGCCAUUCAUAUUUCUGAUAAUAUGAGGUAUAUGGUACUAAUUACCUUUUCCUUGAUGUUUGCCAAAUUUGAAUAAAAGCAAUGGUACGAAAUUACAGAAUGUAUAGAAAAUGUUUUUGGCUUGAAAAGUUAACAAGAUUUUAUGACUUUACACAAUAUAUUCUGCCCAAACCAGCAUCCUGUGUUUUUCUUGUUCUUUACAUCUCAAUUCCCCAUCCCUACUUCCUCGUUUUUUUGGGAUAUAACACAAUUCUUUUUGUAGCAUCAUUACAGUUACAAUUCUGAGACAAUUGGACAGUUAUAGCAUGGAAAUAUACUGAUGGUAAUAGUACAGUAGUCACCAGUGUGCCACAUUUGCAUUAGUAAAUGCAAAAUACACAUUUUAUAAAGGACAAACUGUUAUGUUUUUAUUUUCAUUACAUUGUAUAAUACUGUAAGAUUAUUGUAUGUCCUAAUUUGUGUUAUAAAUGUGUUUUUUUCCUACAUAAAGGCAUAAAUAUAGCAACUUUGUAUAAAGGUAGUUUAUUAGAUUUUUAAUUUUUUCUUUUAUAAAAUUGUCUUAACAGUGGGACUACCAUUGCCAAAUUGUAUAUGAAAUAUGAGUUUUACUCCCCUAUGGCUAAUUUCUUUUAUAAACAUUCCUAUUUCUCUAAUAAAAGACAUAAGUGAUACUGUACUAUGCAUAAAUUGUAUUUUAAUGCUGUUUCAUAUCAGCAUUUUACAUUUUGGUUUGCAUUUUUAAUAUUGGCAAAACCUAACCACUGUUAAUUAAAAAAAACCUUGUAUGUGUAACAUCAUCAUUUACCCUCUAUCCCUUCCCACUGUUUGUUCUCUAUCUCUCCGUAUUAGUGCCAACUUCAUACAUUUUGUAGCAUGGCAAUAAAAUUUAACUUUGACAUUCAGGCCAAGUGUGGCUUUUUGGAGGAAGUGGGGAAGGGAGGAUUACCCUCUAAUUGUCCUUUGCAUAUAAUUCUUUUUGCCAUAUGAGCCAUAUCAUCAGGCAUGAGAAAUUUUAAAUGAUGUAAACAUGCUUUUAAGGACAAAUGUGAAUGUGCUUUUAAGCUUUUUGUCAUAACAAAUAACUAAUUUUUUUAUCUUUGGAAACUCACAGUUCUUGAAAUACAGUAAAAUCUUAACUGGAGUGAAGAAUAAGCUAAUUAGUAAUUGAAUUCGUUUAAUAAGGGCUAAGCAACACAUUUUAAAAAUAUUUAUUGUAGAGUAUAUUAGUAUACUUUACUGUCCUAAAAAUUGUAAUAUGGAAAAUACAGCUUAAUCUUAAAUGAUGUAGCAUCUUGCGAUGCCUUACUGUUGUUAUUCUGGCAUAAAUAUUCAUGAUGAGGUACUCAAGUUAAUACUGGAAGCUGAACUGACUAUACACUGACCUUAAGCAUUCAUGAAAAACUGCUUUGUUGAAUAAAAUCUGAUCAGAGUUCUUAUGGUCAUUUUCCCUUUUUUGCCAAAAGUAGAUUGCAAUAAAACCCCAAUAAAAGUUUCAU